AUGACUGAUAUUCUUAGGGCCGCUGAUAAAGAUCAUGACAGUGACUUAGAAAUGAAUAAUGUUCCAAACCCUUCGGAAACUAAAAUACUCAGUGAACCUUCUUCUAUUUUGUUUAAUAACAACACUAAUCAAAUCACAAAAGAGAUUCAAGUAGAAACAACAAGGAUUUUCAACAGUGUGUCCAACAAAGUCCUAGAAAAAAAAGGUAAACAUUCUACAUUUCGCAAGACUAACAUAUUUGAAGACAUGGAUGUUUUUGGUGAAAAUAAUACUUCAGCAACGGGGAAGAGUCGUACCACGACUAAACCCCACAUUAAACAACAAGCUAGCGGCAUAAAAUCAGUAUUGCCUUACCGCAAACCAAUCAUUACUAGAAAAUUUGGUCGGAGUACCAGUAAUUUUAAAAAAAAUUCUUCUUUUGACUCUGAGAUUGGAGGUAACACAGUUUUGGAAGAUCGGAUAAACAAAGAACCUAUGAAGUAUACGCAAAAGUUUCUGGCAUUUCCUAAAAUUUCUAAAAAGCAAGACGAUAAGGGAGAUAAUAAGGGAGGCGACCAGUCAAGUGAUAUUUCUAAAGAUAGGGAGUCUGAAAAUCAAGAAGCCAGUAGUUUGGAGUAUGAUGCAGGCGCUGAUGAUAAUUCCAUGCCUGAUGUUUUAAAUAAUGAAGAAUCUAAAGAUUCUGAGUUGAAUUUGACAUCUGAACAAAUUAGCCAGGUUUCUGCAGUAUCAGAAACUAGUCAAUCCAAGAGAAAUCAAAUAUCCAGUCAGCCUUUUAUUUUUGAUAGUGAUGAUUCUGAUGACAGUGUUUUAUUUGGACCAAGGAUUAAAAAUGAGAUUUCAACCAAAAGUACUGAACUAAAAGACUUUAUUAAACAGGAGAAGGCUUUUGGUAACGAUCCAGCUUCCUUAAGUCUUUUUGCAGGGUCAAAGAGUGCCACAGAAGAAUUUCCUCCAGAAAGGUUUUGUUAUGAACCUAGUAUUGCAGGUAAAGCCAACGAAAGUUUAGUGGAGAUUCGAAUUGAAACAUCAUCUAAAAGCCGACUUAACUCAAUGAUUUUGAAUCCUAAAAUAGAUCACAACGUUAGCAACGACGGUGACCAUAAAUCUGAGGAUAGCAGUAUUAAUGAGACUAAAAAUGCAGCUGUACAUAAUUUUGAGCGUGAAUUGGAGCCCACUGCCGGCUCUGCACCAAUGUUAAGAUUACCUUUACCGCCUUUGGAUUCAUCAAAUAAACCAUUGGCUGUUCUUUCUGUGCCUACUACCUUUUCAUCGGCCGCAUCUACGUCAACCAUAUCUUCACCAACAGUUUCUUCUGCAUCAACUACUUCUCUAUCAGUCGCUACUUUGGCACAAACUUCUAUUUCUGGUUCAGCUAUUCCUUCGGUUUCCAUAGCUUCUCUGAAGUCAACAAAACCUCUUGCUUCAUUAGUUCCUGCUGCUCCUGCUGCUCCUGCUGCUCCUGCUGCUCCUGCUGCUCCUGCUGCUCCUGCUGCACGGUAUAGAUCAACUACCCCACCUGUACUUAAAACACCUUUGCUUGAUUCUUCUGUUUCACCCGAUACUCCUCAAGCUACUACUACCACUGGUAUUUCCCAAAAUAACACUUUGUCUCCAAAACGAGUACUGCGACGAAGACCUGCACGCGAAGCAGCCACGAUGGCACAAAAACGAGUUACCCAGUUGGCUAUUGCCCAAAGAUCAUACAAUGAAGAAGAGGUUUCUCAGGACGACAUAUUUUCAGAACAUUUAUCUCAAGAAAAGGAAAAUUCUCAGAAAGACAUACCCCAAAAAACAUUAUCUCAAGAAGAAGAGGUUUUUCAAGAGAAGAUACUCCCAAAUAUAUUACCUGAGAUUGAGUCUGAAGCUGUAACUACAUUGGUUCCUGAUGAUAAUGGUUUUCAUGCUACUGAGGAUCAGCGAAGCAUCACGGAUGAAAGCAUGACUGAUACAAGCAACAACAAUGUAAACGCCAAAAAUAAGGAAAAAUCAUUGAGUAACGAAAACCCUGCUCCAAAAGUUUCACAGCCCUCUUUACAUAGAAAUUUUAAACGCAAAUUUCACAAUGAAAGUAGUAGCAAUAUUUGUGCUGCUACUAGCGACACUAAUGAUGAGAGUAUUGAAUCACCGAAGAAGCGCCGGCGCAAAACUUCGACUCCACAAGCACAUUCUCAUGAUUUGUGUGAGUACGAAACUUCAACAUCGGCAUGCUGUUCUCAUGGACAUCAUAUGCCAGCUUACGGAUACCCUUAUAUGUACCCACCUUGGAUGUAUGGAGGAUACCCUAAUGCACCAGUAGUAGUUCGUGAUGCUGCUGGAAAUUUGUAUUUAAAAAUUCAUGAUGCUGUCCCUACAAGAGAUCUUUUCCCCCUGACAGAAUCCCCAAAUGCACCAUCGAUGGCUCUUGAACCUGUUUCAGGACAGGGAAGGGAAGAUUUGAGGCUGGGAAAUCCUGUGUGGACAAGCACACCUGUGCGGGGGUUUCGAGAAGAAUUGCAGGACACGGCUGGACCGUUGUCCGAAAGAAAAGCCCCAUUAAUACCUGCCGAAAUUCCAAUAGAAAAAAAAAUUGAAAAUGAAAAUGACGACGACUACAAUAAAGAUAAAUCCAACUAUGGAACCGGGAAAAAAGCUAGUAACCGGGAUGACUACAGAAAAGAGGGAAAAGACGACGGCUACAACGAUAAUGAUGAGAGUGAAGAAGAAUAUGAUGAUGAAAAUGAUGAUAGUGAUGAUGAUGAAGAGAUAGAAGAGAUAGAAGAGAUAGAAGAUCAUCAGCCCGGGUGGGCGGCACGGCAUGCUCGAAAGUUUGCACUCUUUUUGGGAGUUGCAGCUCUUGGAAUCUUACCUCAUCUAUCUAGUAGUGGGCAAGAAAUAUGA